AACUGUAAAUAAAAAAGAAUGGAACUCUAACCUAAAAAGUAAACACUGUACACUUAAUAAUGGAUUUUUCUUUCUGUUUCUGAAGCUGAUUGUUGUUAAUUUGGCAAACGUUAUUUUUUUAUCUUGAGUAUUCUCUUGUAGAACUGCUAGCAAAAUAUUUUACUUUUCAAUUGAAUUUAUUUUGAUAAAUUGCCUACGCUACUGGCAUUAUUUUGAACGUGAAUUAAUAUUACUGUAAUUAAGAUGAUGAUGAGAAAAAGCAACUGGUUUGUAGAUGAAAUUAAUACUAAUCUAUUUAUUGCCGAAGUUGAAAAGAGACCUGAACUGUGGGAUAGUAAAGUGGUCGACAAAAGUUUUAAAAAGAGGCAGUCAUCAUGGGAUAGUAUCUGCGAAAUAUUUCAUGACGGCUAUCAAAAUAAAACAGACAUUGAAAGACAUGAUAUGAGAAGACAACUACAAAGGAGAUGGAAAAGCCUUCGAGAUAGUUUUACAAGAGAAAUUUCCAAAAUGAAGUCAACUUCACAAGAAGGUUGUGCUGAGAGGAAACCCUACAUGUAUUUCAAGGAGCUUGUCUUUCUGCUGGAUGUCGUAGACUGCGGGAGUGAUACUGUUAUUCUGCAACAAAAUGGUAAGGUACUCGAUAAUGAUGCUCAAAGCUAUGAGAAUCAACCAUGUAAUGACAGAUUAGAAGAAACCCACAAUGACUCUACAACAGCUAUACCGAAUUUGUCCUCAAAAGAACAAACAAAGGCUCAUGAGAAAUGUACGAAGAAAAUUUUCAAGACUAUAAAAAAACGUAGAGAUGAUGGCGAUAGACUGUUCAUGUUAUCAUUAUCAAAAGAACUUAAAAAGGUUCCUGAUAAAUACAAGAUUGAUGUUAAAUUGGAGAUAUUGCAAGCAAUUAUGAGAGGUCAAAAACGAGCACUGGAGUCUGAAGAUAGUACUGAAGGUAAUUUUGAGCAAUGUUGCAACUAAUGUUACAUCAAUGUUAAGUCAACCUUAAACUGCUCCCCAAGACUCAUUAUUGCUAGUAAGAAGAGGGCAGUUGCUAAAAGAUUGAAUCAUGUGAACUCGAUUUUAUUCUUACAGUCAUAACCUUUUCAUAAUUCAUUAGACUGAUUCGUAUGACUACUCGAUACUAAACUUGCUAUUUUAAUAAUAAUUAUGAUCAAAAACUUA